UUGCAGAAAUAUAUAAAUAAUCUAAUACCAGACAGAGACAUCUCUUGCAACGGCAUCUUCCUGUUUCUAUGAAAGCACAUAUUACUGCGGGUCUUUCCUGUAAAGCACCACUUCCUAAUAACGCACAGUUUAAGAAGACAGCAACAAGCAGCACAUCUUACAAUAGCAGGUUCUGCCACAGCAAAAUGAAGAUGACGUUGAUCUACUCAGUGUUUUUCUGGUUCUUUUUGAAAGCCAGCAGAUGCCAGCUUCAAUGUGUUAAAGAAACUUUUGAUGAAACAAAGUUUUCAAUCAAUGUGACCGGACACGUUAACUUGGAAUCUGGCAGCUGCCGUCAAAUCUCAUAUAAACUGAUCCUUCCAACAAACACAGUUACAGCCCCAUAUAAAAGGAUAUGGUUUAAAGGAGAUCCAACAAAUAUUGUCACCACAACAGAGGUUGGCGAGGUGAAUUCUGAGAGACAAGACUCAUUCAAGAUAAAUGGCCUUCCAAAGGGAGAGUAUGAGUAUGGUCUCAAACUGGAAUGGGGGUGUAAUCAGACAUAUGUUUUUCCCCAGAGGGUUCACAUCUCAGUUUCCGCCUUAACGCAAAAACCUAUGGUUUGGGUUUAUCCCAUGGUAGACGGAGAAGUUGCCAGAGUAACGUGCAGAGUUAAACGUUUAUGCUCUGGUAGAGCAGAUGUCCACUGGAAAUGGACAAAAGCUGAUGGAACAACUAGAGUGAUUCAAGGGAGAAAUGACGGUUAUUCCCCAUUUGGAAUGCGGAAUACAAAUGAAUUACUCCUCACUCCUACCGCAGAUGAUCACAACACCAACAUCACAUGUGUGGCCGUAUAUGACUAUGAUGUUGUUGAAACAACUGUCACCUUGACUGUAAAAUUUUCACCUAAAAUCCUCAACAGCUCCCAGUGCACGACUGAUGGAGAGCUGCUGGUCUGUGUGUGCAUCAGCCGGGGGAAUCCUCUGCCUCCGAUCACCUGGCCCUCGAUGGCCCUCACAGAUUACUCAGUCAGCAGCUUCAGCAGCAUCCAAACAGUGAAAAGCACCUUCACCCUGCCUACUGCUGACAACCUCAACACCACCAUCAGAUGCAUCAGCAGCAAUGAACUGGGCCAGGCUGUGAAGGACAUUCCACUUCAAGAGAAGUCAGUUCCAGAGAAUUUCUCUGGGUUGAAUUUGAAUUACAAGUACAAUGCAGUCUUUCCUUGGAUAAUUGUCGGUGUGUCUUUAAGCCUGAACCUGGUCCUCCUCACCAUCCUGAUUGUCUGCACUUGUAAACGCAGUAAAAGUCACCCGAAGGAACUUUGUGAAGAAAUGAACAUUUAUGCUUCUCUGAAUGCUACAGAUGUUGAGCAACCUUAUGGCGUAAUCUCUUCACCAAACACACAAACCUGAAUUCUCUUUUUGUUCACUGAGAAAACUUAUUUCUUCAGAUGGAGGUCUAAGUCCUGGAGUCAUGUUUUGUUUUCAUUGUUUGUUUUCAUAUUUAAACCUACUGAAAAUUACAUUUCGUGUGAAUCCUGUAGACUGAUUAAAUGAUGAUAUUGUUGA